GGCGGCCCAUCGAGUACCGCAGCCGUUUAUCGCCGCAUGGCCGGAGGACUCUAGAGACGCGCGACACUUAAGGACCCGCGGCAGAAGCGGUCAGGACAAUCGCGUGCAGCAUGUCGCCGCCCGCGAGCGUCCUGCUGGCCUGCGCGCUCUGCGCGUCGGGCGCCCUCGGCGCCGCCCUCCCGCACGCUCUGGACGUCUCCGUCAAAGAGGUUGUCCUCGGGUCGACGCCGUCCCCCGGCUCGCCGGCGCGGCCCUCGUACCCGUUCGCCCCGGUGCCUCUGGGCCUCGGCCACCGCCGUUUCGUCGACAUCGGCAACCAGAUCGUGGACGGGAACAACGCGGACGUCAACAAGUUCCCGCACCAGGUGUCCAUGCAGGUGGUGAUGCCCAGAUGGUUCGGCACGGAGGCCGACCCGCAGCACAUCUGCGGCGGCACCCUGGUCGCCGAGCAGUGGGUGUUGACGGCCGCGCACUGCCUGUACGGCGUGCCCUCCAACGCCAGGAGGGUCGAGGUGCUGCUGGGAGUCUCCUUCCUCUCGGACAAGGGGAGCAACGCGCAGCGCAUAGUCGUGAGCAGGAUGCUGGCGCACGGCGACUACGUCCCCGCGGACGACACCCACAGCGGCGUGGGUCCUAACGACAUCGCGCUGCUCAAGCUCUUCCACCGUGCCGUCCUGGCGCAGGUCGGCGGCGCGCCGAGGCUCGCCGCCCUCCCCACGGUCGACGUCGUCCCCGGCGUCCCCGGUGACGCCACCCUCACUGGCUGGGGGAGCACCAGCACGGACAGCAACAGCCCCUCGUACCCGGACGGUCUCCAGCGGAUCACCUUCCCCCUCAUCACUUACUCGAGCUGUAACUCCUUCGUCUCCCGGUCGAUCCCCAACGAGCCCAACCCGCUCGCCCCUUCCAACCUCUGCACGAUGGACAAGCAGAAUCCGCGGGCCUCCUCCUGCAGCGGCGACAGCGGCGGCCCCCUUGUGCAGGCGCAGCCGGCGCAGCCGGACGGCUCGACCACCGUCAUCGGCGUGGUGUCCUGGGGACUCAAGGACUGCGGCGCGGAGCUGUUCCCCUCCGUGUACACGCGCGUGUCCGCCUUCGUGGGCUGGAUCAACGCCGUGGAGGCCAAGUACCAGUAGCGGCAGGCGAGACGCACCAGCCCUUCACCUGCCCGUCACCAGUCCGAGCCGAGAGAGGGGAAAGGAGAACGAAACAAAACAAAACAAUAAAGACACCGCGACUUCG